UACCGAGCGCGCGCGAAGACUACGGAGGUCGACUCCGGAGCGCGCACGCAGCUCCGCCCCGCGUCCGGCCCGCGAAUCCCGCGGCGUCUGGCCCGGGUGGUCUGGGCCGCGGAGGGAAUGCGCCGGAGGGCGGAGAACUGGGACGAAGCCGAGGUAGGCGCGGAGGAGGCAGGCGUCGAAGAGUACGGUCCUGAAGAAGACGGCGGGGAGGAGUCGGGCGCCGAGGAGUCCGGCCCGGAAGAGUCCGGCCCGGAGGAACUGGGCGCCGAGGAGGAGAUGGAGGCCGGGCGGCCGCGGCCCGUCCUGCGCUCGGUGAACUCGCGGGAGCCCUCCCAGGUCAUCUUCUGCAACCGCAGCCCGCGCGUCGUGCUGCCAGUAUGGCUCAACUUCGACGGCGAGCCGCAGCCCUACCCAACGCUGCCGCCUGGCACGGGCCGCCGCAUCCACAGCUACCGAGGUCACCUUUGGCUCUUCAGAGAUGCAGGGACACAUGAUGGGCUUCUCGUUAACCAAACUGAAUUAUUUGUGCCAUCUCUCAAUGUUGACGGACAGCCUAUUUUUGCCAAUAUCACACUGCCAGUGUAUACUCUGAAAGAGCGAUGCCUCCAGGUUGUCCGGAGCCUAGUCAAACCUGAGAAUUACAGGAGACUGGACAUCGUCAGGUCGCUCUACGAAGAUCUGGAAGACCACCCAAAUGUGCAGAAAGACCUGGAGCGGCUGACGCAAGAGCACAUUGCACAUCAACGGAUGGGAGAUUGAAGAUUGCUGUUGAAACUUACACUCUUUCAUCUCAGCUUUUGAUGGUACUAAUGAGUCUUGAUCUAGAUACAGGACUGGUUCCUUCCUCAGUUUCAAAGUGUCUCAUUCUCAGAGUAAAAUAGGCACCAUUGCUUAAAAGAAAGUUAACUGACUUCACUAGGCAUUGCGAUGUUUAGGGGCAAACAUCACAACAUGUAAUAUAAUGCCUGCCCAUUAGAGAAGUAUUUAUCAGGAGAAGGUGGUGGCAUUUUUGCUUCCUAGUAAGUCAGGACAGCUGGUAUGUAAGGAGGUUUGUAUGAGUAAUUCACUGGGAAUUGCAGCGUAUCGUUUAAUUUUAAGAAGGCGUUGGCAUCUGCUUUUAAUGCAUGUAUAAUCCAUUCUGCAUCCGUAGUGGCUGGUGACUCGUCUGCCUCCUGCUUUGGGAAGACUGAGGCAUCCUUGAGGCAGGGACAAGUCUUUCUCCUCUUUGAGACCCCAGUGCCUGCACAUCAUGAGCCUUCAGUCAGGGUUUGUCAGAGGAACAAACCAGGGGACACUUUGUUAGAAAGUGCUUAGAGGUUCUGCCUCUAUUUUUGUUGAGGGGUGGGAGAGGGGACCUUAAAAUGUGUACAGUGAACAAAUGUCUUAAAGGGAAUCAUUUUUAUAGGAAGCAUUUUUUAUAAUUUUCUAAGUUGUGCACUUUUCUCAGUCCACUCUUGUCGAAGUGCUGUUUUAUUACCGUUUCUAAACUAGGAUUGACAUUCUACAGUUGUGAUAAUAGCAUUUUUGUAACUUGCCAUCCGCACAGAAAAGAGGAGAAAAUCUGCAUGUUUGAUUAUGGUAUUAAUGGGCAAAUAAGUUUUUGCUAAAUGUGAAUAUUUCUGUUCCUUUUUGUAAAUAUGUGACAUUCCUGAUUGAUUUGGGUUUUUUUGUUGUGUUGUUUUGUUUUGUUUUUUUGAGACGGAGUCUCGCUCUUGUCACCCAGGCUGGAAUGCAGUGGCGCCAUCUCGGCUCACUGCAACCUCUGCCUCCUGGGUUCACGCGAUCCUCCUGAGUAGCUGGGAUUACAGGCGCCUGCCACCAUGCUGGCUAAUUUUUGUACUUUUAGUAGAGACAGUGUUUCGCCAUGUUGGCCAGGCUGGUUUCAAACUCCUGACCUCAGGUGAUCCGCCCACCUCAGCCUCCCAAAAUGCUGGGAUUACAGGCGUGUGGGCCACCGUGCCUGGCUGAUUCAGCAUUUUUCAUCAGGCAGGACCAGGUGGCACUUCCACCUCCAACCUCUGGUCCUACCAGUGGAUUCAUGGAGUAGCCUGGAAUGUUUCAUAGUUUUCUAAAUGUACAAAUUCUUAUAGGCUAGACUUAAAUUCAUUAAAUCCAAUACUUCUAUCAGACUCAGUUUUUUGUAACUAAUAGCUUUUUUUCCCAUUUUUAUUCUACUCCUUCCCUAAUAGCUUUUUAAAAAAAUCUCCCCAGUAGAGAAACAUUUGGAAAAGACAGAAAACUAAAAAGGAAGAGAAAAGAUCCCUAUUAGAUACACUGCUUAAAUACAACCACAUUAACAUUUUGAGCUAUUUCCUUUCAGCCUUUUUAGGGCAUAUUUUGGUUGGUUUUUACAUAGUUGAGAUUGUACUGUUUAUACAGUUUUAUACCCUACUUUUUCAUUUAACUUUAUAACUUAAAUAUUGCUCUGUGUUAUUAUAAGCUUUUCACAAACAUUAG